GAAGGUCGGUCACAAAACAUACGUUUUGAAUUACGCAGUGCCUGGACUGGACUCGCCAUGGCAGUGGAGGAUGCCCUCGAAGAGGGUGAGGUGCAGAGACAUGAUGAGGUGGCGAAAAAUGGUCACGUAGUGAAUGGAGUGAAUGGAGGGAAAGAGGAUGGAGAGCAAGCUGAAGAGACAGGAGAUGGAGAAGAUGAUGCAGAGAAAGAGGCAGAAGCAGAGCCCAAGCCGGAACGAGAGGAAGAUGUGCACAAAGAAGAGAACCUGAAAGCGGAAGCGGCAGAGGAGGCGGAGGAGGAGGAAGCAGAAGAAAAGGCAGAAGGAGAGAAAGAGGCGGAGGACGAAGAGAAUGUGAAAGCGGAAGGAGAAGAAGAGGCAGACGCGGAGGAAGAGGAGGUGGAAGCGGAGGAAGAGGAGGAAGCAGAUGAGGAGGUGGAAGCAGAAGAGGUGGCAGGGGAGCAGGAGCUUGAAGCAGACGACGAAGAAGAUUUUGAAGCUGAAAACCCAAGCCAGGAAGCAGGAUAUGGGGAUGAAGAAGAGUGGGCAGAUGAGCAACCACCUGAGCAAAAGAAGGGCUCAAAAGGCGGAGGUCGUGGCAAAGCCAACGGCCACACAGAGGUGUGGCCCUCACUGCCUGCGAGGCCUGCCCCGCGCCGCUGGACUGGUCGCCCACAGGGAGGCUCUGCAGCUCCCCAGGAUGCCCCAGUGCCCAAAGUGCGGAAGGAGAGGGAUGAGAUUGAGAUGGAUGAGGACGUGCUCUCGCAACUGAGGCAUUUGGAGGAUGAGAACGAAGACUUGCAGAAGGAGUUGAGCAACGAGCGCCAGAGGGUGAAGCAAUUGCAGAAGCUUCAAGUAGAAGCUGCUCAGGCGAACCACCGGGAGUUUGAGGCCAAGAAGCGUGAGGCUGCUGCGUUGAGAGACCUGGAGGAAGCCAAAGCCUAUGUGUCGCGAAGGCACACCUUCGCCCUGAAUGAGAAGGCCGAGCUGUUGCAGCAGAUCACUGACCUGAAGCGGCAGCUGCAAGAAUCCAAGGAUCGCGAGGUGGCGCUGAACCUGGAAGCACAGGAAGCGAACGAAGCUCGUGCGGACGUGAGGGUCGAGCAGGAGGACUUCAAGAAAGAGGCUGAACAUUGGCGAAAGGAUGCGGCAGAGCAAGCGGUGCGGGUGAAAUCGGCCGAGCAACGCUUGCAGCAGCUCGAACAGCGGAAGCUCGAUGACAAGGCAAAAAUCAAGGCCUUGGCAGAGCAACUGCAAGCAGCCGUGGACGCGGGCUUCUCAGCUGCAUCCUGCACUGCGCCCCAUGAGCCCCAAGCGAGGCCCAAAGCUGCGAAGCACAGCAAGGCUGAACCCAAAGUUGAUCAGCCUGUGGUGAAGCCCAAUGGCAAGCAUCUUCCCUCUGACAUCAGCUUGCCAGGCGAAGAAGUGAGGAUAUCCUGGAGUCUUGGUUGGCUUUUUCGUCGUGCUGAACCAGCACCUCAGCAGCAGAAGCAGGCCCCUGGACGGCUGAAGGCGGCCAAGGCCAAGAGCAAAGGAAAGAAGGUCGAAAAGCCGGGCAAGGCCGCCAAGACGACAAGCGAUAGCCUCACGGACCAGGACGAAGCCGAGCACCAAAAGACGCAGCAUGCAAUCUUGUUGGUUUUGGUCCUUCUGGUGGUCUUCAACAUGGCUUGGGCCUCCUGGUGGCGAGCCUCAUAGGCCAAAAGUGAGUCAACGGCGCGAGGACACGCCAAGAGGGUCGGGGACGUGGCGCGCGAAGAUCGAGCUCCUCUGCUGAGUUUGAGCUUGAGCGCAGCCGUGAGGGAUUCAUCACCGUAAGAAUUGUGCCAUUGGUGACUCCAUGGUAGUUGUUG